AUGCAGAUUCUUCGCGGAGGCGACAACAGACGCCGGCAUGCGUGCGGUCGUUGCUCUGCUGUUUAUCGUCAGCGCCAUUUCGGCCGACACUACGGAACACUUCAGGCCUUUUCGCCGCAGAGGCUGAAAUUUGUAAGGAAAAACUUGGCGCAUCGGACGUGCCUCGCCGCCUGCGUGCUGGAGCGGUUGGGCGUCAUGAGGGACGGCCGUUGGACCACAGUGCCGGCGGAGAAGCGGCUGCAGGUGUACCACAAGGCCUUCGCCGAUGACGUCAUGCGGCUAGAGGCGGCGGAUGCCGUCAUCAACCUCUGUCACGAAAGAGGCUUUAGUGUAAGCGGCUCCUUAGCACCAGGACUGAUAGUUUCGGGGGUUGUGGAAGUUCGGAGCUUUCGGAAACAAUGGCUGCAUGUUGCCCGGAAACUGACGCGAAGUUCAAAGGAAACCAAGGAGAUGCGUGUAAUUGGCCUACGACGCCAUAGAAUGCUUUGGCGACAUACUUAA